UAAAAACAAUGGUAGCCUAUAACAAAUGCACCGGAACAAAAAACGUUAUCAUUGAAACGGCCCUGUUGCUGCAGUUGCUAAACUUGCUUUUCAGCUCUGACCUCUAGUGUCGGUGUUACUUCCGUGUUCAUACCUUGAUACACCUGUGUUAUAGGUGCGGUAGAUAGUGAUACUGAAACCACCUGCCACGUUUUAUUGCUAUUACUCUUGUGAGCCAUUUCACUAUUUAACGUGUCAUGAGUGCGGAGCCAGAAUCAUGUAAUUUAACACCUGUGUCCUCUUUACAGGACGACCCGGACACUGAAGUGGAAGUUACAGAAAGUUCGGGAAACUUGAAUAUGGAUUUACAACAGCCCAUUUUCUCCGCGUUGAAUGUACUCCAGAAUGAAAUUCACUCAGCUAAAGACGUCUCCGGGUUGUCUGGAAAGGUUGCUGCUACAUCAGCGGUGACAACCUCCGACUCAGAAUCUGGUAUAUUUUCCGGUGAAUCGGAACUUUGUGUGGAACAUGAAUCCGACCUGGACUGGUUCUGCUGCUCAGAGCAGAAACUCAUAUGCUCGCACUGCGCCAUAAUGGGAUCCUGCCAGGGACACAAGGUGACACCCCUGGCCAGCAGAGUGACAGCAGUCAGGGUGAGUGCCCCGACUUUUCCUGUUCUUAAUAAUAAUAUAAUAUGCCAUUUAGCAGACGCUUUUAUCCAAAGCGACUUACAGUCAUGCGUGCAUACAUCUUUUUUUUUUUGUGUAUGGGUGGUCCCGGGGAUCGAACCCACUACCUUGGCGUUACAAGCGCCGUGCUCUACCAGCUGAGCUACAGAAGACCACUUGUAUACCACUAUAUUAGAAUAUACCAUCUAUAGGCUCAAUAAUACCAACUAAUUUUUGAGCAGUUACAAGCUGCUGCUUGUGCGUCAUAUGGACCUUUGUCACAGUGAAUGGGGCUUGGGGCCGGGAUACUGUUUACCUACAGUUAGGAGUUGGAAUGGAACAGGCAAACUUGACUUUACCUUAGGUCACCUGAGGUACUACAGUACAAAGGCCGAGCUGGUUUGUGUUAGGAAAGUGUUUGUUCACAUGCCUGGUGGGUGUGUAGGGUGUGCCACACUUUUCCGACACCACACUGAGGAGUUUCCCCAGUUGAUGUCUCAUGGAAUGUGAGGAGACAGGAAUUUCAAGCUGUUGGGAAGAUACGGAAAGCCUUAACAAAAAUAUUGUCCAUAUAAGCAGCAUAAAUUGUCAUCAGUGCUCUUCCAAAUUAUUAUUAUUUCAUGAUACACAAUGACAUGUUGGUGAUGGCAGUAUGACACUAUAGGAAUAGGCCUAUCAGAAUAAUGGCACCUGCCUUCGAAAAUGUACCUGAUCAACUGUGGUUUUCAAGUCCAACACUACUCUUCUUCGUGCCAGUCACUGUGUGUGUGUGUGUGUUAUCCUGAACAGAACCAGCUGGUUGACGUGUGUGAGAAAAUGCAGCUGCAGGCCCAGCGCAUCGAGCGCUUUAUUAACAAGACCCUGACUGCCAAAGAGCUGACACUGCAGGUGAGCACACAGGCUCUGUGACACACACUCAGUCCCUUAUGUGCUCACACUACACACAGCCUUGGAUUCACAAGCUCUACACACAGAUAUGUAAUGGAUUCCAUCAUAUGUCUUUUUGCUGUGACUCAUACCCCCUCUGCUGUGUGCCCAUGCAGGUGGAGGCGAGCAGGGCUCGGGAGCGAGUUGUGGCACAGGUCAGUGUGGUGAGGGAGGCUGUGGAGGAGGAGGAGCAGCUGCUGCUAGAAGCAGUGCAAAGGGAGGAGGAGAGGGUGGAGCAGUGCCUCCUCACCCAGAGAGCACACUGGGGCCAGGCCCUGGCUAUGCUCACACAGACACGCACAUUCCUGGUGCACACUCUCACAAACACACCGGACAUACAGCUGGCGGUGAGUAGGGGAAAGAUUAUGGGCACAGGGAAGGGGACAGAGGGGGGGAAGUUGGAGAGUACAGAGGUGGAAAGAAGAAGAAUGGAUAGGGAGAGGGUCGACAAGACUGAAUGGGACGGUGCAAACGAUGAUGAUGAUCAUGAUCAACCCUAACCAUAACCCUAACCCUAGCUUCAUGUCCACACCUUGGCUCAACCCUAACCCUAGCAAUAACCCUGAUAAUUAUGAUGAUGAUGAUGUAAUUAAGAUCAAUUUCAUUGUCAGAAAUUAUUGUUGACUCUGUGUCCUGUGUUUUCAGACCUUUGGCCAAGAAAUAGCUGAGAGGUAAACAUGGUUUUAAUCAAUUUUUAGUCUUUUUUGCAAGUAGUAAGAAUACAUAGUUCAAUAGUUCACCCACUGAAGCAAUCAUUAGCCAGAUUCACAUGAGCUGUCUCUUGUGUGUGUCAAUCAGGGUUGAGGAUGCAGAGGGGGUGGGUGAGCCUUAUGACACUGACCAGCUCAACCUGAAUGCAGGCUGCUGUGACAGCAAACUCAUGAGGGGCCUAUGGGCCAGCGCCAUACUGCUGGGGCCAACUGGUAACUAGUACUAAUGCUUUUAUCUUUAUCUCCAUGAUAAAGGUUAGGCCAACCUUGAUUUGUUCAGGGUACAGUUGUUCCAAAUAGUUGUAGUUAUGCAUUAUUGCCAGUUGUUCAGACACUAUUACUAUGUUAUUAACAAAGCAUAAGUGCUUAAUUAAUGAUGAAUAACAAUACACUCUUCUCUUCCCUCUCCCCCUUUAGCUUAUGGUUCAGCACAUCUGACAUUUGACGAGCGCACCGUCAGCUCCCUACUGUCCCUCUCAGAAGACCUUUGCACUCUGACCUUCCUGCCUAAGAGGUCACGCCAGUCCCCGCCCUACGACCCGGCGCGCUUCGACAGCUGGCCCAAUGCGCUGGGCACCCUGGCAAUCUCCUCCGGCACCCACAGCUGGGUGAUGGACAUGGGUGAGAGCGGGGCCUUCAAGAUGGGGGUAUGCUACGCCAGCAUGGGGCGCAAGGGCUCGGGCAACGACUCACGCCUGGGCUACAACGCCCAGUCUUGGGUGAUCUCCAAAUAUGACUGGGACUUCUCCUUCUGCCAUGCGGGGAAGAACACACCCCUGCACGUGAUCCACAAGCCCAAGAGUCUAGGGCUGCUCCUGGACUGGCCCAGUCAGACCCUGGUAUUUUAUGACCCAGACUCCAGUGCCGUGUUGCACUCUGUCAGACAUGCCUUCAGUAGCCCGCUGCUGCCUGCGUUCGCCGUGGCUGACCGCAGUAUCACCAUACUGCACUGACAUCUGAAGUAACCGUCUGUAUUGCCAUUGAUAUAGAAUUACAGAUAACACUUUCAUAAGCCAUAUCAUAUGAGUUGAUAACAUAACAUUUUAAGGGCCUAUUAAUUCUUAUAACAAGUAAUAAUGCAUUAUACCUGCUAAUAAAAUCUUACUGAAUUACUCAUAUUUGUACAUAAUUCUAAUAGAAUAGAAUACUAUCAAAGCUUCACAAUGUAUUUUAAUGUAAUCAAAUUGGCCAAAAUUAGGCUCUUAUGUCUGUCUGCAUAGAUGAGGUAUGCAGUCAGUUCUUCUUUGAUGAGAACUAUAUUUAUAAUGUAUUCUUUGUUUAUCUGAAGUACUGCUUCUGUAUAUAUUUCUGUAUGUGUCUGUUGAGCAAAUUAUACAGUAGUCCUAAUGUGUCAGUGAUGCAUUUGUAGUGAAGUGUGUCCCAAACUCUUCAUUUAAGUUUUGAAGUAUGCUAUUUAUAUUUAUUGUACUGUUAGGAUCUGAUAAUACAUUUUGAUAACUUAAGUGAAGUGAACGUUUUCUACCUAGAGAGACCCCUGUGUGCGGGACUGGUUGAUCCAGAAGUUGCUCAGUGUGCUACCUGUCAAAUGUAUUAAAAUAUUUUUGAUUGUCUGAUAUGCAAUGUAUGCCUCUAUUGA